AUGUGUCCUGAUUUUGAAAACGACUAUGGAAUUUGCUCAUUUGUGGCUUUGUUGGAUUCAUUCAUAGACCACCCUGACGAUGUGAAGGCGCUGAGAUCGAAAGGGAUUUUGCUUAACUCGCUUGGGAGUGAUGAGGAAGUGGCCAAGCUCUUCAAUACCAUAGGCGAUGGGUUGGUGCCUGACAUGGGGAAAUAUUCGAGUGUUAGAUCGCAAAUUGAGAAGCAUUACAGCAAUAAAUGCAAGACAUGGUUGGCGCUUGGGUAUCAUACCUAUUUCAAUAACCCUUGGGCCAUUAUUGCCUUCCACGCUGCAUUUCUCGGACUUGCCCUCACUUUUGUUCAAACUUGGUUCGCCAUUCAUCCUCCUAAAUAA